AUGAACAUUGGUGCUCCUGAGAGGCAGCAGGGAAAUGAAACCUGUCUGGUGCUGGAGUUUUUGCUGGUGGGAUUCUCCAACCUCCCACACCUGAGAACUACACUCUUCACUUCGUUCUUCCUUGCGUACCUGGUCACCCUCAGUGGUAACGUCACCAUCAUCACCAUCAUCCACAGGGAGCGUGCCCUCCACACUCCCAUGUACUGCUUCCUUGCGGUGCUGUCCCUCUCCGAGACCUGCUACACGCUGGUCACCAUCCCCAAUAUGCUGGCUCAUCUGCUGACGGGGAGCCAGGCCAUCUCCAUCGCAGGCUGUCGGGCUCAGAUGUUCUUUUUCCUAGGCCUGGGGUGCAGCCACUGCUUCCUUCUGGCGCUGAUGGGCUACGAUCGGUACGUGGCCAUCUGCCGUCCCCUCCGCUACUCGGUCAUCAUGAGACCCACCGUUUGCCUCUGCCUGGGGGCCCUCGUUUUCUGCUCUGGGUUCUUGGUGGCUUUGAUCGAGACCGGCCUGAUCUUCUCCUCACCCUUCUGCCGCAGCAACCGCGUGGAGCACUUCUUCUGUGACAUUGCCCCUGUGCUGAAGCUGAGCUGUGCCGAGGGAGCCCGCAAAACACUGGGCAUCUUCUUCCUCAGCGUCCUCGUGGUGCUGGUCUCCUUUGUCCUCAUCCUCUUGUCCUAUGCCUUCAUUGUGGUGGCCAUCGUGAGGAUCCCCUCGGCAGCCGGCCGCUGGAAGGCCUUCUCCACCUGCGCGGCCCACCUCACGGUGGUCAUUGUGCAUUUUGGCUGCGCCUCCGUCGUCUACCUGCGGCCCGAGUCAGUGGGAAGCCCUGAGCAGGACCGCCUGGUGGCUGUGUUCUACACGGUGGUGACUCCGUUGCUGAACCCGGUGGUGUACACUCUGAGGAACAAAGAGGUGAGGGUGGCCCUGAGUCGGACGCUGCCAUGCAGCCGCAGGUCUCAGGGUUUUCAAUGAAGGACUCG